UUACAGAACAGAUACCGUUAUGGCUAUUGAUGAUUUAGCGCCGGAACGAUCAGACCCUGAAAUGAUGGUUAUGUUAAAAUGUAACGGUGAUGCGGUUCAUCAUCCAGAUGAGGAAACGGAUCUUUCUUGUGGCUCUCCGGAAGCGAAAACUGACACGUUAAUUUCGAGUCAUCCACUGAAGUACAUUUGGACGUAUUGGUAUUUGAACGAUCAGCGCGACAAAAGUUGGGAAAAACGGCUUAAAGUUGUGUCUAACUUUAGCACGGUGGAAGAAUUUUGGGCUCUUUAUGUUAAUAUUCGCCCACCAUCAUUGUUACCAACGGCAUGCGACUAUAGUGUUUUCAAAAAGGAUAUUCAACCGAUGUGGGAGGUUCCGGAAAACGCUAAAGGUGGUCGUUGGCUGAUAACGAUUGACAAGUCUAGGCAUCAUGACUUGCUGGAUGUGAUUUGGUUGGAAGUGCUGCUGGCUGUGAUAGGUCAACAAUUCGGUAAAUAUACGGCGGACAUAUGUGGUGUAGUUGUCAACAUAAGAAAUAAGGGAUCCAAGAUCAGUAUUUGGACAACAGACUGUAACAACGAUGAGUCUAAUUGCAAAAUUGGAGAAAUUUUGAAGCAGAAGUUGAUGAACCCGGAUAUCGAUUCGAAAAUUCAGCGGCCAAUAUUUGAUGUACUUCGUUAUGAAGAUCAUCAAGAAGUGCAGAACAAGAGUUCUAGUUCCGUGAAAGCCAAACAUAUUAUUACAGCUUCCGACUAGUAAUGCACUAAGCCUUAUAUGAAAGAAAACUACAUACUUUGUCUGCGGGUUCUACACUUUUUUCCGCACUGUUAUUAAUGAGGAACUGGAAUAUAUGAUUGUGAUAUAUGCAAGAAAGUAUUUGUAUUUUUCAAAAAAAUCAGAAGUUCUUUUCUUUUUCAGACAGGGUCAUCAGAUUUUAUCUUGUUCC